AUGUCGCUUUCAGAUGACGAUUUUGAUGACGACGACGAUGAAAUUUUACUUGCAUUAACUAAAGUUAAAUCAACUCAAAACAGACAAGUAACAACUCCAAAUAAUAUUGAUAAACCAACACAGAAUAAUAAUAAUACACAGCUACCUAGCGAUGAUAUUCAAGUUAGGUUAAACCGCUCAGAUGGAGAAAUUGCAAUACUUCGAGCACAACUUCAACAAUUGCAAAAUCAAAAGCAAGAAGACUUGAAUAAGUUGAAAGAAUCGUAUAAUAUUGAUAAACUAAAAAAUGAUGAACAAUUGAAAGCGCUUAAGUUCACUGUUCAAAAGUUAGAGGAUGAAAAGAAGUUUUUAAAUAAUGAGCUCAGGGGUGCAACAGCAAUAAAAAGAAGAAAGCUUCCAAAUAGGGUUGAUGAAUCUAUGAUGGAUAUAGACGCGAUGUCCAUUCUGGACCCCCAACAAGCUAAUGGAGUAACAUAUAAACACGAACAAGCAGAAUCUGUUGAGCCAGAGACGGAAUUGAGGCCCAUAUUACCACAAAAAGUUAUAAAGAUACAAAAUGAUGCGUCGCUCUUCACUGAUCAUAUUUGGAAUCAUUGCAUAAAUGGGAGUAAGCGAUCAACACUCAACUACCUCAGCAAGAUCUAUGUGGAUACUGAUAUUCUGGUUCAUGACUUUAGAACAAAUGCGAAAAUGCCCUUGUCUACUGCCAUAACUGAAUAUCUCAUGUUGAAGAAAAACCUGAGGCUAGAUGAACUUGUUGCAGAAUUCACGCAAACAUUAUCUGACUUAGUCGAGAUCCUUGUGGAAAAGAAGCUUAUCUUAUCAAUCCCUUUUUUACUAGCAUUGAUACACGCGUCUUUGAACUUUAGAUCAUCAGCAGUCAGUCAAGCAUCUAUUAAAGCAUUAUUAGAAUCAAUUUGCAAAUUAGCGUUAAAUUUUACAUUUUUAUUAGACUCGAGUCAGGACGAAGAGGAUUUUAUAAAUUAUCAUGAUGUGCCUAAUCAGGUCAUGGUGUUAGAGAAAUUUGCACUUGUAUGCUGUCUUGAUAUAAUAGAAAAAUUGAUGUCUUUAUCCUCGCUUUUUGGAGCAAGAUUUAUUGAUACAAUUUGGAAAGAAAACUACAUUAAAGUUGAAUUAUUUAGAAAAUGCCUACCCGAGAAUACUGAAAGAUUCAAAAAUUUUGCACAGAUUAAUUUGAUUUAUAAUUUUGUUGAAAUACUAAUGUCAUCAAUAAGUGAAACCACAUUUGCAUAUGAUGGUGCACCUAAUAAGGUGCUGAAUGAGUCUAUAAUAAAUUCUCUUUUAAAAGUAUUUCUUAUUGAUUUACCCGUUAAAGAUGAUUUCAUGUUCUAUGGGUUGAAUAGGAUAAUAGGAAACAAUAUUGAUUUUAACAAAGUGGAUUGCAUAAUACCAACUUCUGAAACAUUGCUAAACCAUUCAAUGAUAUGUAGGCCGUGUCCUAUUCCCUAUGAAUAUUUACUAGAAAAGAUGGUUCCAGUGAAGAAAGAAAAUAACUUGAACAGCAAAGACCUACAGAUGAAUCAAUUAGCAUUCGAACUACAGUCGAAGCAUGAAUUUCAUGUCCUUAAUCUAAGGUUAAAAGUCGCAACUUUGUUAGAGUCCUUUAUUGUGACAAAGUCAAGUACACAGAUAUUUGAGCUGAAAGAAUAUAUCAAGUCCAUCGUAAGAACUAUAGGCUUUGAACAGGUUUUCAUAAUGAGAUCUCCUAGAUCUAGAACAAUAUAUUUAAGAAUUCAAAUUAUAGCCGUACUAGUUAGAAUUCUUAAUUAUAUUUCAUCGGAAGUUCGAGGUCUUAAUAAUUUGAUUUACCCCGAAACAUUGUACGAAAUCUUUGUUAUACUUCUGAGAAUUGCGUUUGGAUCCAAUUCACUCUCUUCCGAAGCACAUAGUCUACUUUUGGAAAUCAGAAACAGGUACAAGUACGAUAAGGCCGUGUUCAACGAUAAUUGCGAAAGAAAAGCUCGUGAGAUAAACCACAUCACAUUUAGUGAUCUACAUACAGAUGGGAAAGUGGUAGCAGAUAUCGAAAGUGAAUUGGCCAAUGGAUUGGAGUUCCCCUAUGAAACUGAUACUAUUGAAUUAGCCAGGGAAAUAUUGGAUCUCUGUGUCACUCAUGAAGAAGCCGAUAACUUGUACUUUAACAUGAAUAACGAAGACUUCAACUUUGACGAGAUGGCCCUAGUCGAUGAUUGA